AUGUCGGGACCCCGACAGGCGGCGGCGGACCCCCGACCAUCGAUUGACCCCCAGAGGCAGAGAGACUCUCAAAGCCCGGAACCCCGGCUGAUGAGAGCCGCCUCCCGGCGGAGGACCCCGGAGCCCGAGGACGCCCCCCGGACAACGACGGAACAUCCCGAGCGACAGCGGAGCCCUCCGGACCCCCAUGGCGCCUCAGUGACGACGGCGGGCCCUGAACGGCGACGACCCCCGGACCCCGGGGGCCCCGAGGAUGCCCCCCCCAGGCUCUCCCAGGCCACCACCUUCGAGGCUUUCGAGGCCUCGGUGGCCCGGCUCACACAGGAGCUCUCGGCGGCCGCCCGGCCCGGCCAACCCCGAGGAAACAACAACAGACCGGCGACGCGACGAGACCACAGGCCCCAACCGCAGAGGCGACCCAGGCGCCAGCGCUACGACCCAGCGGCAGCCUCCCGGAUCCAGAAGCUAUAUUUCAGCAGGGUCUUCAACCCUCCAACGGAUGCCGCCACCCCACGCCCUGCGACUGUCGAAGCGCUGACCCCCGUGCCCCCGGCAGAGGGGUUCGAGGAUACCUUCACGCCGCAGGAGCUGGGCCUGCCGGACGGCGUUACCAACCUGGUGCGCGAGCUCUACCACGGCUGCACCACAACCGUCCGCGCCACCGACGGGGAGACCGUAGAGAUCCCCAUCCGAGGCUCGGCGGUCCGCAAGACCCCACUCAAGAAGGCGGACACCGAGAUCCGACGGCUGCUCAAAAAGUGGCUGCACCUCCCGCUGAGGGCCAUCAAUCUGUUCUUAUCCGGUCGCGCCGCUCGCAGCGGCGAUGUCGCGGGCGGCGAGUCGCAGCCUUCGCAGGGUGGGACGGACUCGUCGUCCAGCAGCUCGCAGGGCAGCAGCCAGUCGUCCUCCAGCUCGGGCACGCUCAGCUCCCUGGACACGGUGCCCACGCAGGAGCUGCCCCCCAUCCCCGAGGACCAGGAGCCGGAGGAGCCGGCCCCGCGGCCGUGGGGGCGCCUCUGGGCCAUUGGUGGAGGCUUCAUCAACUACGCAGGGCAGCGCAGUGUAAGCCAAGCUGCCCACAGGGGAGCGGGUCCACAUGCCGUUGGACUUUGUAACCGCCUUGAGAGAGCAGCGAUGUCAGACUGUGUCAAUGACGAGUGUUGGUUUGGCAGAGACAAAAGCUGUGACUACAGCUUUUCUAGGAUAGGGCUGUCCAAGACAGGUUUCUACCAGAACUACAGCAAGAAGCAUUUCCUAAUUUUCAAGGAAACGGGACCACAAAACUCCUGCGUUGCCUACAUAGAAGAUCACAGUGUGAAUGGGACCUUUGUAAAUAAAGAGCUUAUAGGAAGAGGGAAAAGGCUGCCGCUGACCCACAAUUCUGAAAUUGCACUGUCUGUACAGAGUAACAAAGUGUUUGUAUUUUCUGAUCUUAUGGUGGAUGAUCAGUCGGGGUACCCCAGAGAAUUCAGAGAGAAAUAUAUCAUGUCAAAAACUUUCGGAAGUGGUGCCUGUGGUGAAGUCAAACUGGCGUUUGAAAAGGCCACGUGUAAUAAAGUUGCUGUAAAGAUAAUCAAUAAACGGAGAUUUAUGACAGCUGCUGUGAGAGAGGCAGAUCCAGUGUUCAAUGUGAAUACAGAAAUAGAGAUUUUGAAGAAAAUAAAUCACCCCUGCUUAAUCAAGAUUAAAAACUUCUUUGAAGCAGAAGACUAUUACAUUAUUUUGGAAUUGAUGGAAGAAGGAGAAUUAUAUGACACAGUGUCAAGACCAAUCAAGAUGAAAGAAGCUACCUGCAAGCUGUAUUUUUAUCAGAUGCUGUUGGCUGUAAAGUACCUUCAUGACAAUGGUAUUAUACACCGGGAUCUCAAACCAGAGAAUGUGUUACUUUCAUCUUCUGAAGAAAAUUGCCUUAUAAAGAUUACAGAUUUUGGACAAUCCAAGAUUCUUGGAGAAACCUCUCUUAUGAAAACAUUGUGUGGCACUCCCACGUACCUUGCCCCUGAGGUUCUAAAUUCCCUUGGGACUGAAGGCUACAGCCGUGCUGUGGACUGUUGGAGUUUAGGAGUUAUUCUUUUUGUAUGCUUAUGUGGAUAUCCUCCCUUCAAUGAACAAAAUACUAAACUGUCUCUGAAAGAGCAGAUCACUCAAGGAAAAUACACAUUUAUUCCAAAGGAAUGGAAGCAUGUGUCUAAUACAGCUUUGGACCUCGUGAAGAAGCUGCUGGUUGUGGACCCAAAUAAACGACUUACAACAGAAGAAGCCUUAGGGCAUCCCUGGCUUCAAGAUGAGGCUGUGAAGGAUACGUUUAAACAACUACAAAAGCAAAUAGGGUUCUCUCUGGAUUCUUCCCAGGCAUCAAAAGUGCCAACUACAAUGAGAAAACGUCUCCAUGACAAGGAAGAGGAGCCCGGAUCUCCUAAGCGUGCUUUUCCUUCCACGUCAUUUAAGAAACCAAUGUGAAAAGAAAGGAAAGAAAGAGACUUUCUUUAAUUGCUGCUUUCUUCU